AUUACGGUCGAAAACUCGUUGGCCAGAUUUACGAAUUGCCAGACUAGGAAAGACUGCGAAACUUUGGACAAAUCUCAAGGUUUGACACAAGAACGGGUCGAUGAAGACAAGCUGCAGUGUCACGCUUCAAUCCGGCCCCGGAUCCAUUGCAUUUUUGCCCACGCCCCAAGUUGUCAUCAGCGUGGACUCGUAGAAGGCUGGGGAGCACCUGCCACCUUCGAUGGGAGACAUCAUCAACUUAAUCGUUGUGGUGAGCGUUGUGAACCUCGGCCUCACCGCUGCUCCCAAAGCCUGAGUUCUGGCCGUUGA